CAGAAAGAGCCUUUUUAUAUAUAAACGGAGCACUUUGUUUCGUCUGUCAACAAACAAUUGCCGCAAUUUUUUAACUACGCUUUUAAACUUCAAUGAGGCGUUGCGCACUUUCUUUGAAAUGGCAUUUCAAUGACUUUUUAGAAACAAAUUAAGUUUUUUUUUUACUUGAACCAACAAUGGAUUCGCGAGUCAUAUUCUAUUGCUGCCUUGAAAUCUUAAUUCAAGUUUGUCUCUUGACGCGAGACGCUUACUUAACUUGUGCAUCUGCGGAAGGCCAAAAUGUGAAUGUUACGCAGAGCGAAGUUAAUGAAAAUGCUGCAUACGCCGAGCUUUUAACGUUUUACUGGCAGCCUGAAAAAGUUUUAUUGAUGAGCAGUCAAUCCUCCGAAAGCGCAGUUUUUGGAUUUGUAUCCAUAGCGGCUCUUGUGCUCCUAGUUUGGGCACUGAUUUCAAAGUGCUUUGCCUGGCCGUGGUAUUUGAGAAUUUCAGCCGAAAUAGCAGUUGGAGUUUAUUUUACAGUGGUGGCAUUUUCUGCUCUUUACGGAGCUAGUUCGAUAAUUCCUUUUCUUCUUUGUUCUGUAUUUGUUUACAAGAUGCUCAUUACUUUCUUCAUUUGGAAAGAACUUAAUAAAUUCAAAAGACAAAAGAAACAGAACGUCUCAGAAGAUGAUAAUACUGAAGCCAAGGAUGAAAUCUCCAUCUAGUAUUUUUAUAUAUAUAAAAAAAAAAAAAAAUUUUAAAUACUUAAAAAAAAAGUGUUUCUUAAUCUUGUAAUUUUAAUAAUUAAAAUCAAUUUAAA